AGUUGACAGACAGUGACAGAUGGACACAGUGACACAUUCAAUACCGCCUUGUACACUUCCUGCCUGCAUCUAGCUGAUCUAGGGUGCAAUCAUCAGUACAACAGUUGCAAACUAGAGUUUCUAUUGGACAAAUUCAGGUAUGUUUAUCCCUGUUUCGUUGCAUUUACUUCCGUUUAACAAAUGUUUAACAAAGCAGUAUAGCACUUACAUUAGGUAAUUUGACGUAGAGAUCAAUACAGUAUGCUCAAUCAAACACAAUCCCUGAUUUUCAGUGUGAUGUUAGAUGACUAGAGCCAUGGACCUAUUCAAUAACAAUGUCAUAGGAGGGCAUUCAAACUAUCUUGUCCUUUGAGUGUAAAUCCUGAAGGGUAGAUCACAAAAAUAAAACUAAUGUAUUGUAUUUGCUGUGUUUGUCAUGUUUUUUUAGAUGUUUUUAGUGAGGUGAAGUGACUGAUAGAAGCCCUAGUGGAUGACAGUGUCAUAGCAUGCAUGUUCAAAACCAGGUCACAAAUUUGAGUCUCUUAGACAACAGCAGCUGCAGUGAUAUAGACUGAGGGAAACCGUGCUUCAAAAAUCAGUGCUCAAUUUGUACAUAUCUAAUUUAUGAGACUCUACAUCUAGGACAAUUCUGGGACUCUGAACUGUAAAAGAUACACGUAAAGACCACCGCGUUAACAAAAAUGAUGCGGUCCAGUUCGACCAAUCACCUGUAACUCCAUUGUUGAAGUGUUGUCUACAUGGGUGGACUCUUUCCACUUAAGACCCAAGUUGUGAAGAGCUGACAACUUUAAAGAUGAUCGCACUGUGUCUGAUAUUUCCACUUCUCGUAGAGAUGGCUGGGACUGAAUCCUCAUCCAUCAGUCAGGAGAUUGGUCUCAUGUCAGCCAACGUUGGAGACGCAGCGGUUUUGGUCUGCUUCAACAAAGGCGAGGUGGGAGUAAUGUUCUCCUGGUACAAGCACACUUUUGAAAAUAUUCCUCAGCUCAUCUCGACCAUCUAUAAGUAUGACAGGAAUGCAACAUUUUACCAGGAGUUCAAGAAUAACCCUCGCUUCUCAGUGGAAGGUGGCCAAGGGAAAAAUAAUCUAAUGAUCGCAGACGUGGAACUCUCUGAUUCAGGCACAUACUACUGUGGAAGUUCUUAUGGAAACAAUUUGGAAUUUGGAAAAGGAGUCAUUCUCAUCAUAAAAGGAUCAGAUUCCAGAAAUAUGACUAUGCUUCAGCAGCCUGUGUCUGGGUCAAUCCAGCCAGGAGAUUCUGUGACUUUGAACUGUACAAUACACACAGAGACCUGUGCAGGAGAACACAGUGUCUAUUGGUUCAGACAUGACUCACGAGAAUCCCGAUCAGGAGUCAUUUACACCCAUGGAGACAGGAGUGAUCAGUGUGAGAAGAGCCCUGAGGCUGGGUCUCCUACACAGAGCUGUGUCUACAACCUCCCCAAGAAGAACCUCAGCCUCUCUGAUGCUGGGACUUACUACUGUGCUGUGGCCUCAUGUGGGGAGAUACUGUUUGGGAACGGGACCAAGCUGGAUAUUGUCCAUGGUUGUAAGGAGGACCGUGUUCUCUUGGUGUACUGUCUGGGUGCAGCGUUGGGUCUGUGUUUCAUCAUCAUCAUUGUCCUUGGUUGUGUGUUGUAUAAGAUCAGCAGUAGAGAAUGUGAACAGUGCAGAGGGGCGCCCCCUCAGCCAAGUACUCCGGAGGUCCCCAGUCAUAACCAGGAUCAAGAUGUUGACACAAUCCAUUACGCCGCUCUGAACGUCGUCCGCAAGAAAGUGAAGGCCGGGAGACAGAGGAGCGCCAUGGGGAGAGACACUGUUUACUCUGGGGUGAGACGCCAAAACAUGGACUGAAAUAUAGACUUUUGCUCUUUAAUAACUUGCAUUGACAUUGUGUUUUCUACACUAUAUGUAUUAACUAUGGCUUUUCAU